GUGUGCGCCUCGGCUCUGCGAAGACGGUACAACAGAGGCGCGUGAGCUCGCGCGAGUGUUUAUGCAUGAAAUGGGUGAUAAGGCAAUUAGUGGCGGUGCGUGAAUAAAGGGACUCUGGGGAUGUUGGCUGAUGCUGCAGUGCAAUGCGAUGGACAGACAGUGGCUGUGGAUGUCGCCUGAGAAUGUGUCCUUCGGGAGGCGCGCGAGAGAAGUGCGCGAAUUGUGGCGCGAGAGACGGUCAAAGAAUCACCGGUUCAACGUGCAACAACACUCUCAGUCUCUCUCGAACGCUCUGCGUGGCUGGUUGCCUUUACGCUCUCGUUGCUGUCUGGCCGGAGUAUCUGAAGAAGUUGCACACCUGAAGCAGGAGUGAAAAUUAAUUUGAUACAAUUAAUCUCAGUGUUUCCAUCCCAUUGGCGCUGGGCCCAUCAUUAAGUGAAAAGAGUGUGACGGUGGGAAUUGAGAGUGAUCUCGCGUGGCGGUGCAAUUGAGUGUGUUGAGGAAGAUGCAAGAGUGAUUGGGCAGGGAAAUGUGCACAGUGCGUUGAACGCUCUUCACGGACACUCACUGCUGACGCGAAGUGGUCUCAAGAUGCCCCAAAUGGAGGAGAAUCCCGCACGAUCUGCCGGCGCAUCUGCCAACACUCUGUCUCAGCCAACGUACGCGAAGGCGAUUUAUGACAACAUCGCCGAGAGUCCUGAUGAAUUGGCCUUCAAGCGAGGCGACAUCCUGACGGUUAUUGAGCAGGAUACGGACGGCCUGACGGGUUGGUGGUUGUGCAAGCUCAGAGGACGGCAGGGAAUCUGUCCAGGAAAUCGCCUGCGAGUUGUGCAAUCUUACGACAGCGGCUGCUGCAGUCCGUCUCCAGUCUCCUCGCCAUGCCCAUCGAUCGGCUCAGCCAACAGCUUGUAUGCCAAUCACACGACAAGUGUCACCAAUCCCUCGGAGUUGUACGAGAACACGAGCGUGGCGAGGCUGCAGAAGCACGGCAAGAGGCGAUCGUGGCACAUAAUGCCCAAUAAGGUCGUGACUCCUCAGAGAUGUGGUGAUGUAUAUCUCUAUGACUUGCUGCCGACUCCACAGCGUGGAAGCGGUUUCCUCGGCACCGCGUCGAUAAUGUCUGGCGACGGAUCGGAGACAUACGACGUGCCAAAGCCCGCAGUUCCCGUCAACUACGACAUCCCGCGCGUCUGGCACUCAGCCAGAGGCCGCCCCGAAGACUGCUGCUACGACAUCCCACGCCCCGUGACGCUGCUCAGCCAGAAGGACCUCACGCCGAGCAGCUCCAACUCCUCCCUCCUCACCUCGGACAGCCUCAGCCUGUCCUCCUCCAAUCGCUCCUCGCUGGCCAACAUGACGGACUACGAUGUGCCCCGGCGCCUCGCCAGAGCCUCGCCGCAUCCGUCGAGCAUGAGCACCUCCACGGCGUCGCUGCAGCUCAACUACGACGUCCCGAUUCCACACAGUCCGCAGAGCCAGACUCUGCAGCUCAGCGCCUGCAAGGAGCUGCCGCUGGAGCUGGGAUCGGCGCUGGACACCCUGGCCAAGCUCCAGACGGAGGCCACAAACGCCGUGACGCGGCUUCUGGCCUUCGUGUCGCCACAGUGGCGGAUGCGCGAGAAGCUGGACCCGAUCUUGAUGGAUCUUAAACUGGCUGCCGUGCGUCUGCGAACAGCUCUUCACGACCUGGCUGAGUUCGGAGAAGGAGCCCUCGGAAACACCGCUAAAGCAGAUGACAAAGGUCUUUCCGUGAAGCUUCGUCCGCUGGUUCGCGCACUGAAGGACGCUGAUCGUCUGGUGCACGAGGCUUCGCACUGCAUCGACGUCCAAGGCUGGAGCCUAGAAACCCUGGCCAGGGUGGAGACAAAGCCUGGCACGCAACUACCUCCGGACAGUCUUGAUCAAUUGAUCGCCUGCGCUCAGACGCUGACAGAAGACGUCCGACAGACGGCGUCGUUCAUCCAGGGCAACGCAACGUUGCUCUUCAAGCGUAUCUCGCCCAGCGUGACACCGCAGACGCCCAGCAACAACAACAACGGCGACUGGCCGGAAGACUACGACUACGUGUGUCUGGAGUCCAAGGAGGCGUCGGCGCGCAAGAAUGCCGAGAUCCGCGACGCCCUGCCGUCGGAUCUGCAGAAGAACUUCGAGAAUGUGGUGAAGAACGCCGAGAGCGCGGCCAUUGGCGCCACAGGCACGGCUGAGCUGGACGCCAACGACAAGACGCUGCUGGUGUACUACGCCGCGCAGACGGUGACGCACAUGAACUACCUGACGCAGGCGAUCGACGCCUUCCUGCAGACCGUUGAGCACAACCAGCCGCCCAAGUUCUUCCUGGCUCACGGCAAGUUCGUCGUCCUCAGCGCCCACAAUCUGGUCAACAUCGGCGACAUUGUGCAUCGCAAUGUCACGAAGCAGGACGUGCGAGGAAACAUUCUUCAGUGCGCGGAUGCCCUCAGCGAUGGGAUGAAGACUUGCGUGGCGAAGACGAAGAAGGCGGCGCAGCACUUUCCCAGCGUGAACGCCGUGCAGGAAAUGGUGGAUUCCGUUGUGGACAUUUCCCACUUAGCCAGUGACCUCAAGAUUGCAAUGUUGAGAGCUGUUCAGCAAUAAAGUUUCUACAUAUAUAAAUUAUUACCAAAAAAGAGAACCCAGUGUAAAUAAGCGCACAACAUCACACUUUGGAGCCCUUCAGAAGGACGGCAAAUGAGCAAUUUUCAUGCAAUGCAACUGAUAAUGGAGUCAAAUUCACCCCCCAAUUCGUGGGUUGAAGCAGCGAGAGGAGUAGAUUUUGUAGGUGAAAAAAACAAUGGAAUGGAACAGAAACUGCCAAAAUGCUUGUUUUUACAACGCAACUUACGAAGAAAGAUGACGAAGAGUAUUUGUCAAGUAAAUACAUUUUUACAUGUCUAUAAGUAAAGAAAGAAAAAAUAUAUCGAUAAGACAUAAACAUGGAUAAAGUCUGUAGAAAGAGCCUUUAAUGAGUUGUAGGACUGCGCAGAUCAUCAAAAAUCAAUCCUGAUCAUUUUGAACGAUAAACUUUCUCAUUGUGAUAUUUAAUUGUAAUUAUAAUUUAAGUUUAUUGCAUCAUCGUUCAAUAAGAGUACUUUAAAUAAAUUCAUUAAGUUUUAAUGCUGAAAAAUAUCCCUUUUCUAUUUAUUUACCUCUGCAAAAGUACUGUUUUCCUUGAACUUCACGUACUUCUGUUCAUUCUGGCCAAUGAAUAAAAAAAAACUUGUAGCGAUGUAAGGAAUAUUUAGAUGUUUUGUGUUCUUAUUUAGAAUACAUCCAGAAAAAAAACUUUUUGCACAAGAAGAGUAAAAUGUGUAAGAUGGACUUUCCCAAUGUUUUUUUAUCCACUUAAAUCGAUAAAUAUCGAUUUUGUAGUCAUAUAAGAUAACUAUUCGCAUUAUGUAUGUAUGAAGUAAAAAAUAAAAAUAUACAUUGAUUAAAA